CGCUUCCGCCGCUUCCUCCGAGGCGCUGAGGAGGCCACUCUGCGGCUCCCAGCCAGUGUGGUAGUAGAGGACGGUCGCUGAGGAUAAGCCGUCGCUGUCCAUGCGGGGAGCGGCGGGAGAAAAGCCGAGGGCCGCGGCUGAAGGAAAGGCUGCCGCUGCUGGAAGAAAUAAGGGAAGAAGAAAGUGAAACUGUCUUCAGAACUAAAUAUGGAAAUAUCAGUAGAUGAAUCUUCAAAAAAUAUGAAGAAAAAUUGAAAGUUUAUGAGCAAAGCAUAGACAAGAUGAUACCUCUCGAGAGGGCACUGCCAAGGUGCGUUUGGCAGUGAAAAUGGGUUGUGCAUCUACUUCAGGUAUCUUUAUAUGAGAAGAUACUAGUUUCAAAAAGCUUCAGCAUUACUACUUGGAGCAGUAUGGCAGGUUUCAAACGAGGGUAUGAUGGAAAAAUUGCUGGAUUGUAUGAUUUGGAUAAAACCUUAGGCCGUGGACAUUUUGCUGUGGUCAAACUUGCCAGACACGUGUUUACAGGUGAAAAGGUAGCAGUAAAAGUAAUUGACAAGACCAAGCUAGAUACUCUAGCCACAGGACAUCUUUUCCAAGAAGUUAGAUGCAUGAAACUAGUGCAGCAUCCCAAUAUUGUUCGUCUGUAUGAAGUUAUUGACACCCAGACCAAACUUUACCUAAUCUUAGAACUUGGAGAUGGAGGAGAUAUGUUUGAUUACAUCAUGAAACAUGAAGAAGGUCUUAAUGAAGAUCUGGCAAAGAAGUACUUUGCUCAGAUUGUUCAUGCUAUAUCCUACUGCCAUAAACUGCAUGUAGUUCACAGAGACUUGAAACCAGAGAAUGUUGUCUUCUUUGAAAAACAAGGACUUGUGAAAUUGACUGAUUUUGGCUUCAGCAACAAAUUUCAGCCUGGAAAGAAACUUACAACAAGUUGUGGAUCUCUUGCAUAUUCUGCUCCUGAAAUUCUACUUGGGGAUGAGUAUGAUGCACCAGCAGUAGAUAUAUGGAGCCUGGGAGUUAUCCUUUACAUGUUGGUAUGUGGACAACCACCAUUCCAAGAAGCAAAUGACAGUGAAACCUUGACCAUGAUAAUGGACUGUAAAUACACAGUACCAUCUCGUGUGUCUAAAGAAUGUAAAGAUCUAAUUACACGAAUGUUGCAAAGAGACCCAAAACGAAGGGCAUCAUUGGAAGAAAUUGAAAACCAUCCCUGGCUGCAAGGAGUUGAUCCAUCGCCUGCAACAAAAUACAAUAUUCCUCUGGUUUCAUACAAAAAUCUCUCAGAAGAAGAGCACAACAGCAUAAUACAGCGAAUGGUUCUGGGCGACAUUGCAGAUCGAGAUACCAUAGUAGAGGCUCUGGAAACUAACAAAUACAAUCACAUCACUGCUACCUACUUCUUACUAGCAGAGCGGAUUUUAAGAGAGAAACAGGAGAAAGAAAUACAGACCAGAUCAGCAAGCCCAAGUAAUAUCAAAGCGCAAUUUAGGCAAUCAUGGCCAACAAAAAUUGAUGUUCCCCAAGACUUAGAAGAUGACCUUACAGCUUCUCCUCUGUCCCAUGGAGCUGUUCCUCAGUCUCCAGCUCGCACUGCUGAAAAUGUUCUUAAUGGUCACAGAAGUAAGGCACUUAAUGAUUCAGCGAAGAAAGAGGAUAUUCCUGAAUUAGCGGGACCAGCACUUUCUGUAGUUCCUCCAGUGAGCUUAAAACCUACAACUAGUGGCCGGAAGUGCUUGUUUAGGGUGGAAGAAGAUGAGGAGGAAGAUGAAGAAGAUAAAAAGACUGUUUCCCUUUCAACUCAAGUUGUUUUGCGCCGCAAGCCUUCAGUUACAAAUCGUCUUACUUCCCGUAAGAGUGCUCCAGUCCUCAAUCAGAUCUUUGAAGAAGGGGAGUCUGAUGAUGAGUUUGAUAUGGAUGAGAACUUACCCCCAAAACUUAGCAGGCUAAAAAUGAAUAUUGCUUCACCCAGCACUGUGCACAAACGUUACCACAGAAGGAAAAGCCAGGGUCGGGGAUCUAGUUGCAGUAGCUCAGAAACAAGUGAUGAUGAUUCAGAAAGUAGGCGACGUCUAGAUAAAGACAGUGGGUUUACUUACUCCUGGCAUAGACGGGAUAGUAGUGAAGGUCCUCCUGGCAAUCAGGGAGAUGGCAGUGGACAAGGAAAACCAAGCAAUGGAAAUGGCGGGCUAGACAAAACAAGCCCUGGCGAUAACAAUAAAGGGGGUGGAAGCCCUUCUGGUAGCUCUAGUGGAAGCACGAAUAACAAUUCAGGUUCUACUCGCAGGUGUGCUGGGUCUGGUAAUUCAAUGCAGUUGUCAUCGAGAAGUGCAGGCGACCUGGUUGAAAGCCUCAAAUUGAUGAGCCUCUGCUUAGGUUCACAGAUUCACAAUAGCACUAAAUACAUAAUUGAUCCACAAAACACUAUCUCAUUUUCCAGUGUUAAGGUGCAGGAGAAAUCAACAUGGAAAAUGUGCAUAAGUUCUACUGGGAGUGUAAAUACAGCUUCAUCUUUGGGCGGCAUAAAAUUCUUUUCUGACCAAAUGUCAGACGCUGCAAAUGAAUUAGAACGAAUAAAGAGCAAGAACUUGAAAAAUAACGUGCUACAACUACCUCUGUGUGAAAAAACAAUAUCUGUGAAUAUUCAGCGAAACCCGAAGGAGGGACUGCUGUGUACCUCCGGUCAAACUACUUGCUGUCACGUUGUUUGACAACAGCCGGACUCAACCCAUUCUACUUGACAUCACCAAUCUUCCUGUUCAGAGCUGUGAAUACUUUAUUUCACUAAAUCCCUUCAUGGUCAUCGUCUUAAUAUUUUAAAACCGGCUUUGAGCAGUAAUUUAUUACAUUUUAAUUUAGUUUUGCUUGAUAUGACAAUGCAUGAUUUUAUGCAUGCUGCUAGCCAAUUUUUUUUGUUCCCAACAAGCCAGGAUCUGUGUAACUUUUUUACAUUUAUAAUUUUACUAUAGAAAAUCUGGAUUACAGUAAGGCUUGUGUCCAAAUCCAGUGUAAAUGAAGCACUUAGUAGUUUCAUGUUCUGCACUUAAAUUACAGAGAGAGAGAGCUUUCUUUUCUUUUCUUUUCUUUUUUUUUUUGGUGAAAUGUCCAAUCUUGUUCUGAUCUUCUGUGUUACCUAUACUAUGUGAGAUGUGGCAUAAUUCUGUGUGUUUGCAACAGAACCAAAGCAAUAAUGUUUUGAUACUGAAAACUCUUCUUGGAGCUUUCAGAUUUCCAAGGCUUGUACAAAGCAAAAAUGCACUGAAAAUUAAGAAAUCUUGAACUAUGAUUUUUAAUCCCACAUCUUUGUCUUAAACUAAUAAUAUGCAUGAGGUGGUAGCUGAACUGAAGAUCUUGUUUUGGUACAGACAAGAUUUUUUUUUAAAAAAAAAUACCUUUAAGGCAGCUUUUCCCCAUAGAAAUAUUGUUACAUGCAGACAAUCUUUUUAAGACUAUAUAACAAAGGAAAAUUAUAAAGUCAUUUGCUUGGAGUCUUUUUUCCCAAUCCAAGGGAAAAUACGUUCAUUAUUGGUGUAUAUCAUGGCAGUUGUUAGGAACAGUGCAAGACACUUAAAUGGACCAAUUUAUAUGAGUGUUGAGAGAUGUAUUCCAAUAGGUCAAUUCCUGUAAAGUAACUGAUCAUAAACACGUUAAAAGGCUUGAUGUUUGCACCUUCAAAAUCUGCCCUCCACCCUGCCCUUCAGUAUUCACAAACUGUUUUCAAUAUUAAUGAAAGGUUCACAGAGUGUUGAUAACUUUAAGGAUGUAAUCCAGCAUCUCAUUGUCAUCACCUCCAUGUAAACAAGUGAAUGGGCAAUCAAGACGGGUGGCUAUGACUUCAGUUUAGCAUUGGUUAUAUCUAAAAUGCUUCAAAAUAUGCAUCUGCUUCCAGUCACCUUAACCAAAUAUCUCUAGUGAAGUUAUGGAGAGUAGAAACAGUUGCUGGAAUAUGAACAGAAUAGAUUAGCAGACAGCCUAAUCUGGAGUGCAUUAACAUUAUGUGUCCUAAGUACAUAGAUCUCAAAAUGCACCAUCGGAUAAAUUAAUACCAAAUUCAAGGAGUUGUUUUAGUAUCAAAUUUAGUUUGGGUUAAGAAUUGUCUUAAUUGCCUUCAAUAACUCUCUCUCCAAAUCAAGUCAGAUAACACAAGUUGGCAUGGAUCAGUUUUUACAUUCUUCACUGCUAUUAGCUUUCCUUUUUAAAAAACCUCUUGCUACUGAAAUGCCAGCAGAUGAAUGUGUUGGCACUUUUUUCUGUACAAAAGGAUACUUUUGACCAGAUGAAAUAACUUUUGUGAACUUUUAUCUAAAAUAAAAUAUAUUGCAUAUUCCCAAUUUUGGGAAAGGCAAGAAUGUUAUUUUUUCAUGCUCUGUGCACUGGGUCUUCAAAGCAAUGCUGGUAAGAAUUGAUGGUAUUAUGUAGCAACAACCCAGACAGGCACUGAUUGUCUGAGAGAGUUUACAUAGUUUAGUAUCUUAAUGCUAGCAAAAUGGUCAAGUAGAAUGCAUUUCAUUUACAUUGUAGACUGUAGAGCACCAAAGAACUGUUUGAUUAUUAUUUGUUCACACUGGCUUUUUUAGUGUGUAAAUCUUGCUAAAAAAUAUAAUCUAAAGCAUACAUACUUACUAGGAAGCAAGUUCCAUUGAAUUCAGCAUGGCUUACCUCCAAGUAAAUAUGUUCAGAAUUGGGCUGUAUGUCUAAAUCAUGCAGCGUAUUUCAAUAUCUAGCCUAGUUGGGGCUUAUACCUUUCCACUAUCCAAGUGUAACGACAUAUAAAUGAAACGUGUUGCUUUAGAUUGUUUAAGCUAUAGUUGCAAUUUAGUUUAAAAACAGCCUGUCACGCUAUGCCAGUAUGAUACAUACACACACAUGCACACACGAAAGCUACAAGAACAGAUGUGUGGGUGAAGCCAUAGAACAUAUUUGCUUGAAAUUUUCUUGAGCAGGGAUCUUACACAGGGCCAGAAAUAUGGACAGUACACAGAUGACAGUCAGCAGAGCAUCUAUAAAAUAGGAGAAAGUUUAUAGAGGGCAUUGGCAAUAAACUUGUUGCAGCUUUUUUUUUUUAUUUUCAAGUAUUGUAAAUAUUCUUUCCACACAUUAUGUACAGCCUUGGAAUGGCACCUUUUGACUAACCCCAGGUGUUGUUUUUUGUUUGUUUCCUCUGUUUUUAUAUACAAAUGUGUAUAUAUGGUGCUCACUUUAGAACAGCAGUGUUGACCAUUUAUGCUGUACGGCUGUAAAAUAGCCUUAUUUAGUUGUGUAUGGUUGGGUGAACUUCUGGGUGUACAGAUGUUAGCUUGAGUGUUGUCUUUUUAUCCAUUUGUUCACAGGUGAAUGAUUGUGCAUGUGUUAUACGUUGUAUUACGUUGUCAUGUUAAAGGAGGGAGAGAAUAACCACUACAUUAAAAUAUAUUGGACCAAACUAUUAUAGAGCAAGUAACAGUUCCUUGUACCCCUUAAAACUGUCUUUACAAGUUGCAUAUAGUUACCGUAGCAUAUAAAUUAAAUAUUGUGGAAAGCAA